AUGUGGCCAAUAGCUCUCUGCAGGAAACAACUGUUCGGGCCUUCGCUUUACUUCCGCAACGCGCGUAACUACUCGACGGAGAAGCCGUCCAUCAAACUCGUCGCCGAACUCCGGAAGUUGACGGAAGUCUCGAUCGUCAAAGCGCGAGAGGCUCUAAGCGCGUCAAACAACGACGUGAACGGUGCAUUGGAAUGGCUGAAACAAGACCUCCUCGCAUCUGGUGAAAAGAAGGCUGCUAAAGUGCAGGACAGGCACACAGGCGAAGGUCUUGUCGGAGUCGCGGUUCUGUCUCCGGGAGUCACCGCUUCCCAGAGCGGUGGCGUGCGAGCGGCGAUGAUUGAGCUCAACUGCGAGACGGAUUUUGUUGGACGGAACGCGCUUUUUGGCUCACUAGUAGCCGACAUUGCUCACACCGCCGCCUUCCUUGCAGAGCCUUCCGCCACAGAUUCGCAUUUCUCUCCAUUGCCAGUCGAGAUCCUUCAGGAUGCUCCGCUCCUCAGUUCCCAGAACCCGAAUCCCAGUCCCGACUCAACCGUGAGCCGCGCCAUACGAGACCUUAUCGCGAAAGUGGGCGAGAACGUCGUCCUCCGCCGUGCAGUGACUGUCGUGCGGCCGCCACCUUCCACGCUGACAGUGGGCUACCGGACACCGUUCUACAUGCACAAUUCGAUCAACGACCCCACCCAAGGUCGGAUUGGAGUGCUAGGUCUGCUCCAACUGGCUUCACCCCACCUCCACGAGUCAUUCCAGGAUCCCACGUUCGUAGGCGAACUCGAACGCAUUGAACGGUCGUUGGCCCGACAGAUUGCAGGUUUUGAGACACGUUCAGUCCGCGGUCCGGAGGGUGCCGAGGAUGCAUUGUACAACCAGCCUUUCAUGAUUCCCGGUGACAUGUCCGGGCAGCCGGUGGGCAAAGUACUUGAAGCAUGGUCCAAGACGCAGAAGAUGGAUACAGUGGAUUUGCAUGCAUUCGCCAAAUGGACUAUUGGAGAGUCUCUAGCAUAG